AUGGAAGACGGAGAACCUUCAAAUACAGGUAUCGAAGAUGGAGAAGCUUCAAAUAACCUUUCGGAAAAACUACCAAAAAGAGUCCUCGGCGAUGGUUGCUACCCCGUUGGUGCUCGGUUGAACAUAUAUUCAAAGGCCAAUGUCAUUGGCCUCCUUGUCGAGGCAUUAAAGGGUACUGAAGAUCUUCAGAAACUACUUCAUUCCCAGUUUGGGAAGUUAUUCCAUCUACCUGUUGCAAGAUGUUGCAACAGCGCCAAACUUGUCUAUGCCCUUCUAUCACGACAACUUGUGACCACGAAGAAACACGAGAUUUGGUUCCUCUUCGGUGGACAACCUCUGAGAUAUUCGAUACGGGAGUUCAAGGAAAUCACUGGAUUGAAUUGCAAUCCCGAACCUGAUAGCACAGAAGAAGAAGAUGUCGGAAAAACAGGAAUCUGGAAAGACCUGUUCGGAAGAGCGAAGGCGAUGAACGUGUUUGAUGUGCUUGAAAUGCUAAAGGACCCGGAUCUACCCCGCUGGAAACGGCUUCCAUUGGCCCUAAUCGUUCUUGUCGACGGUGUUCUGUUUUGCAAUAGCAAAAAUCUGGCCCUCACCGAGAAAUACGUUGAGAUGCUGACUGACUUGGAUAGGUUCAUGCUGUAUCCAUGGGGGAGGGUAUCCUUUAACAAAACAGUAUCUCGUUUUCAAGCUCCGAAGGCAAUCACGAAUGCAGAGAAAAGGGAGAAUCCUGUAACACGAUUACGCCGUCAACUUAAACAGAAAACCAGUGCAUGCUAUGGAUUCCAUCUAUCACUACAACUCAUGGCCCUCCAAUGUAUACCAAUGUUGGUUUCCAAAAUUCCUCAACCUGAUAACUUGAAGACAUUCCUUGAAGAUCCCGAAGGCUGUCAAAACGUUAUCACACUGUUGCAUCUUGGGGACAUACAUGCCGUGGAAUCCGACCCUCUGUUGUCUGUGAAACAGAUGGUACUGGAUGAUGGUGAGAAUGACCAACAGAAUGAAUUGCGUUGGGGAGAUGAGGUAGAGGAUGCCAAAGUUGCAUUCAUGCAGGAACUCAUGGCGGAGGGGUACAAAUUCACACCUUCGGAUUUUGCAGUGGCACCGGCCCCUAUCGUGGAUAUUAGUGAUGCAGAGGACGAGGUUACCAAUGCACAGGAACCUGAGCCAUCCACCAGACCGAAGAAGAAACAGAAAACUCAUCAAACUGAAAAACGUCCCAUGCAGAGGAAGAGAGGCAGGGGCAAGAACUCUUCUAAUCUAUCGGAAGAUGAAUCCCCUGAAAGUGGACCGAUUAAAGAGCUUAAAAGAUGGAUAGUACGUCAGAAUACUUUGCUCCUUCCUGACAUUAAGACCGAGUUGAACAAGAGAUUGGGCGUAUACCAAGAGGACGAAGAAGAUGACGAUGUCCACCAGUCAAAAGAAGAAGGGGAACAGGAUGACGAAGGACAGCACACAAAAAAAGAUGGAUCAAAACCGGAUGAAGAUGCAGACGAAGCCGAAGAUGGAGGUGAAGAAGGAGGUUAUGAUGGGGCACAAUCUAGCGUACGCCAUAAUGAUGGUGUACACCCCGAAGAUGGUGUACACCAGAAAGAAAGAGAUGAUGAAGAAGGGACAUCUACUUACUACGGCGGGGACCAUUAUUCUCCCAGGGACCAUGCGUACUUGAAGACUCCAGAAGCUCCGACGAUGACCCCUGAACCGGGACAAGCCAAUUCAGGAACAACUCGUCCACCUCCUUACUUCGUCAUUCUGGAUGAAGAUCCACCUUCUGGCCUCAACGAGGUGGAUGGUGGUAGAACAAAUUUGGUGUCAGGCCCCUUAGUAGUCUACAAACCUCAGACUCCUCACCCAUUGAGCUACGCAUAUAAGAAACAUGAAGCGCAGACAGAUGCGCAGGAUGCAGAGUGUUUAGCUGUGGCUAAUGAGGACGACUCAUUAACGGGGAAAGAUUACCAUACUGCGCCUGAGGAUGCAAGUGAUGCUUCGCAGAAGACCCCUUAUCGAAAGCUGCGUACAAACCACUCGAAACCGUUGAACAAGACCACUUCAAGCGACUUUUGCAUUGUCACUGGUCAUACUGUGAACAAUCAAUUCUUCCUACAAAUUGCGAAGCCUACUGAGUGGGUUAACACGAUGCACAUGCAAGUCAUAAUGGCCAUGCUUUGGAGACGUAGAGGGGAAAUCUACUUGAAAGACAGGGUAGCAUUUGUAGACACCUUGUUCAUAUCCAUCAUCGGCAACUACUACAACGAUUUCAUAUCGCGAGACAAAAAUCAGUAUGACUGGGGGAAAACCAUUCAGGGCAUUGUAUUGGGAAAACCAGCAAAGUGGGCUAAUCAGCGGCAGAGGCAAAUGUUUAUACGGUUUGUGGACAUUGUAUACGUCCCGAUGAACUGGGGGUCUGAGCAUUGGGUGGGCCUUGUAAUUGACUUUAAAACGGGCAACAUAAAGAUUUUGGACUCAUUCAUCAGUCAUAAUGAUGAAGCGGCUGUGGAGCAGUAUAUGGCGCCCGUGUGUCAAAGUAUGCCAUUUAUAUUGAAGCGUUAUUUGGAUAGCAAAUUAACGGAAGGCCUACGCACCACCCCUUACACAUGGAGUCGUUUGGAGGGCAUAUAUCAGAACAAAAGAUCCGGUGACUGUGGGCCAUGUGCAGCCAAAUUCUUAGAGAUGCAUGCUGCAGGGCUUGGAGUGGAGGAUAUGGCUUUGAUAACGAACGAUGACGUUGACAGGUUAAGGGAGAAAUACGCCAUCGACUCAUACGAAGAGUUUGUCGGGAAUCCGGCUAUUGCCAACGCUUAG